CCCGCCCCGGCCCCGCCCCCUGCCGAGCCGGCGCUCGGCGCUGCGGGACGGCGACCGGGACCAGCACCGGGACCAGCACCGGGACCGCAGCGGGCCGAGCCGAGCCGAGCCGAGCCGAGCCGAGCCGAGCCACCCCGGGCCGCCAUGGCGGCGGCGGGCCCCGCCGGCUUCCAGUUCGCCAUCGACCGCGGCGGCACCUUCACCGACGUGUUCGCCCGCUGCCCCGGCGGCCGCGUCCGCGUCCUCAAGCUGCUCUCCGAGGACCCGGGCUACGACGACGCGCCCACCGAGGGCAUCCGCCGCGUCCUGCAGGAGGAGUGCGGGGCGGCGGUGCCCCGCGAGCGCCCGCUGGACGCCUCGCGCAUCGAGUGGAUCCGCAUGGGCACCACGGUGGCCACCAACGCCCUGCUGGAGCGCCGGGGCGAGCGGGUGGCCCUGCUCGUCACCCGCGGCUUCCGCGACCUGCUGCACAUCGGCAACCAGGCGCGCCCGCGCAUCUUCGACCUGGAGGUGGCGGUGCCCGAGGUGCUCUACGAGGAGGUGAUCGAGGUGGACGAGCGGCUCAUCCCCUGCCAGCCCGGCUGCCGGCUGCCGGGCAAGGAGGCCCUGCCGGUGCUCGCAGGUGGGUGCCGGCGGCGGGGGGGGGCGGGGGGGGCGCCGGCGGCUCCGCCGGCCCCUCCGACCCGCUGGCCGUGCCCAGGCGCCACGGGGGACUCGCUGCUGCUGCAGCGGCCGCUGGACCUGGCGGCGCUGCGGAGGGAGCUGGAGGGCGUGCUGGCCCGCGGCAUCCGCAGCCUGGCCGUGCUGCUGCUGCACUCCUACGCCUGGCCGGGCCACGAGCAGCAGGUCGGGGCGCUGGCGCGGGAGCUGGGCUUCGGGCACGUGUCGCUGUCCUCCUCGGUGACGGCCAUGGCGCGGGCGGUGCCGCGGGGCUACACGGCCUGCGCCGACGCCUACCUCACCCCCUGCAUCCGCCGCUACCUGGAGAGCUUCCGCGCCGGCUUCGCCCGGCGGCUGCAGGACGUGCCGGUGCUCUUCAUGCGCUCCGACGGCGGCCUCACGCCCAUGCGGCAGUUCAGCGGCGCCCGCGCCAUCCUCUCGGGCCCGGCGGGCGGCGUGGUGGGCUACGCCGUCACCACCUACCGCCGCGACGACCGCCAGCCCGUCAUCGGCUUCGACAUGGGAGGCACCUCGACGGACGUCAGCCGCUACGCCGGCGAGUACGAGCACGUCUUCGAGGCCACCACGGCCGGCAUCAGCAUCCAGGCGCCGCAGCUCGACAUCAACACCGUGGCGGCCGGCGGCGGCUCCAUGCUCUUCUUCAGGUCGGGGCUCUUCGUGGUCGGCCCUGAGUCCGCGGGGGCCCAUCCCGGCCCGGCUUGCUACCGGAAAGGGGGGCCGCUGACCGUCACCGACGCCAACCUCUGCCUGGGCCGCCUGCUCCCCGAGUACUUCCCGCGCAUCUUCGGGCCGGGCGAGGACCAGCCGCUGUCGCGGGACGCCACGCUGCAGGCCUUCCGGGAGCUGGCCGCCCGCGUCAACGCCUUCCCGGCCGGAUCCGGCCCCCGCGCCCCGCUCUCCGUCGAGGAGGUGGCCAUGGGCUUCAUCCGCGUGGCCAACGAGGCCAUGUGCCGGCCCAUCCGCGCCCUGACGCAGGCGCGGGGCCACGACACGUCGCGCCACGUGCUGGCGUGCUUCGGGGGCGCGGGGGGGCAGCACGCCUGCGCCAUCGCCCGCGCCCUGGGCAUGAAGAAGGUCUUCAUCCACAAGUACAGCGGGAUCCUCUCGGCCUACGGCAUGGCGCUGGCGGACGUGGUGCACGAGGCGCAGGCGCCCUGCGCCCUCCGCUACGAGCCCCGCGCCUUCGCCCAGCUGGACCAGCGCAUCGCCGCCCUGGAGCAAGAGUGCGUGGAGGCGCUGCAGGCGCAGGGCUUCUCCAGGUCCCAGAUCCGCACGGAGGCCUUCCUGCACCUGCGCUACGAGCGCACCGACUGCGCCCUCAUGUGCUCCGCCACGGGCCACCCGGCCACGCCGCGGUCCUGCCGCGCCGGGGACUUCCGCGCCGCCUUCGCCAGCAGGUACAUGACGGAGUUCGGCUUCACCAUCCCCGACCGCGCCAUGGUGGUGGACGACGUGCGGGUCAGGGGCACGGGCAGCACCGGCAUCAGCUGCGAGACGCCCCUGGAGCCCAGCGGGAAGCCGGCCCGCGUGGAGACGGUGACGCGGUGCUACUUCGAGGACGGCUACCUGGAGACGCCGGUGUACCUGCUGGAGGAGCUCUCCUGCGACCACUCCGUCCCCGGCCCCGGCAUCAUCAUCGAUAAGAACAGCACCAUCCUGAUCGAGCCGGGCUGCACCGCCAGCCUCACGCGCUUCGGCGACGUCUGCAUCGCCGUCGGCUCCGGCAAGCCGUGCCCCAUCGGCACCCAGCUCGACGCCAUCCAGCUCUCCAUCUUCUCCCACCGCUUCAUGAGCAUCGCAGAGCAGAUGGGCCGGAUCCUGCAGCGCACGGCCAUCUCCACCAACAUCAAGGAGCGGCUGGACUUCUCCUGCGCGCUCUUCGGGCCGGACGGGGGGCUGGUGUCCAACGCCCCCCACAUCCCCGUGCACCUGGGCGCCAUGCAGGAGACCGUCCAGUUCCAGAUCCGCAACCUCGGCGAGGACCUCCGGGAGGGCGACGUGAUCCUCAGCAACCACCCGUGCGCGGGGGGCAGCCACCUGCCCGACCUCACCGUCAUCACGCCCGUCUUCUGGGCCGGCGUCCCCAAGCCGGUGUUCUUCGUGGCCAGCCGCGGGCACCACGCGGACAUCGGGGGCAUCACCCCCGGCUCCAUGCCGCCCCACUCCAAGACGCUGCAGGAGGAGGGAGCCGUCUUCGUCUCCUUCAAGCUGGUGAAGGACGGCGUCUUCCAGGAGGAGGCGGUGACCGAGGCCCUGAUGGCGCCCGGCCGCAUCCCGGGCAGCAGCGGGACCCGCAACCUCCAGGACAACCUGUCAGACCUGCGGGCCCAGGUGGCCGCCAACCAGAAGGGCAUCCAGCUGGUCAACGAGCUCAUCGGGCUCUACGGUCUCCCGGUGGUCCAGGCCUACAUGGCCCACAUCCAGGCCAACGCCGAGGUGGCCGUGCGCGAGAUGCUCAAGGGCUUCGCCGCCCGCUGGGGCACGUCGGUGGAGGCUGAGGACCACAUGGACGAUGGCUCGCCCAUCCGGCUGCGGGUGCAGGUGGACCCGCGGGAGGGCAGCGCCGUGUUCGACUUCUCCGGCUCCGGGCACGAGGUGUACGGCAACUGCAACGCCCCGCGCGCCAUCACCCUCUCUGCCCUCAUCUACUGCCUGCGCUGCAUGGUGGGCCAGGACAUCCCGCUCAACCAGGGCUGCCUGGCCCCCGUGCGCGUGGUCAUCCCCAAGGGCUCCAUCCUGGACCCCUCGCCCGAGGCCGCCGUGGUGGGGGGCAACGUGCUCACCUCGCAGCGGGUGGUGGACGUCAUCCUCAAGGCUUUCGGGGUCUGCGCCGCCUCCCAGGGCUGCAUGAACAACGUCACCUUCGGGAACGAGCGCGUGGGCUACUACGAGACGGUGGCGGGGGGCGCGGGGGCCGGCCCCCGCUGGCACGGCCGCAGCGGGGUGCACACCCACAUGACCAACACCCGCAUCACCGACCCCGAGAUCCUGGAGCAGCGGUACCCGGUGGUGCUGCGGCGCUUCGAGCUGAGCCGGGGCUCGGGGGGCGCGGGGCGCUUCCGCGGCGGCGACGGGGUGCUGCGCGAGCUGCUCUUCCGCGAGGACGCGGUGCUGUCGGUGCUGAGCGAGCGCCGCGCCGUCCGGCCCUACGGCCUGCAAGGGGGCAGCCCUGGCUCCCCGGGCCUCAACCUGCUGCUGCGCCGCGAUGGACGCACCGUCAGCCUGGGCAGCAAGACGUCGGUGCCCGUGCAGCCGGGGGACGUGUUUUGCCUGCGGACGCCCGGCGGAGGGGGCUUCGGGGCGCCCGGCACGGCGGAGGCCCCCAAGGAGGGUGAGGAGCCACCGGCGCCCCGGAGCUUUGCGGAGCGUGGGAGCCUCUUCGACUACCGGCAGGCACAGGAGGCCGUGUGAGGGGCUGCCCGCCCCCCGGGCCCCCGGCUGCCUGCAGCGGGGCAGCCCUGGGUACAUGUGCCCCCCGGGGCGGCCUGGCCCCCGGUAUGCACAUCCUAUGGGGCAGCCCUGCCCCCGGGUAUGUGCAUCCCGUGGGGUGACCUGGCCCCGGGUGUGCACGCUCCAUGGGGUGACCUGGCCCCCGGUAUGCACACUCCAGGGGGUGACCUGGCCUCCAGUGUGCACACUCCGUGGGGUGACCUGGCCUCCAGUGUGCCCACUCCAUGGGGUGACCUGGCCCCCGGUAUGCACGCUCUAUGGGGUGACCUGGCCCCCAGUACGCACAUCCUAUGGGGUGGCCCUGCCCCCGGGUAUGUGCACGCCGUGGGGUGACCUGGCCCUAGAUAAUGCACCCCCCGGGGAGCAGCCCUAGCUCAUAGGGCAGCCCUAACCCCAGGUACCCGCACCCCGUGGGGCAGCCCCAUGGGGUGACCUGGCCCUAGGUAGGAGCACCCCCUGGGGCAGCCCUGACCUAUAGGGUGGCCCUGACCCCAGGUACGCACACCCCGUGGGGCUGCCCCAGGUACGCACAGCCUAUGGGGCAGCCCUAACCCCAGGUACGUGCAUGCCAUGGGGCAGCCCUAACCCAUGGGGCAGCCCUGACCCCAGGUACGCAGACCCCGUGGGGCUGCCCCAGGUACGCACACCCCAUGGGGCAGCCCUAACCCAAGGUACCUCCAUCCCGGGGGGGUGACCUGGCCCCCAGCACCCCCUCCCUGUGGGGUGACCUGGCCCUAGGGAGGAGCACUCCAUAGGGCAGCCCUAUCCCAUAGGGCAGCUCUACCCCGGGUACACACAGCCCCUGCGGGGACCUGGCCCCAGGUACGCACACGCCGUGGGGCAGCCCCCCAGCACGCGUGCCCUGCGGCAGUCCUGACCCUAGAUACGCACAUCCCAGGGGGUGGCAGCCCCCCCAGUACGCACACUCCCGGGGCAGCCCCCAGCCCCACAUAUGCACGCUCCAGAGGGGCAGCCCCCCCCGUCCCAGCUGCACACACCCCAUGGGGCGGCUGCAGCCCCAGGCACGUGCGCCCCGUGGGGCAGCCCCUGCUCUCGAUACGCACACCCCAUGGGGUGGCUGCGGCCCCAGCAUGCACGCUCCCACGGCCUGCCCCAGCCCCACAUACACCCGUCCUGCGGGGCAGCCCCCCAGCCCCAUAUAUGCACAGCCCAUGGGGCAGCCCCCCCAGCCCCAGGUAUGCACAUCCUGUGGGGCAGCCCCCCCCACACUACAUAUGCCCAUCCCAUGGGGCAGCCCCCUGCCACUACAUAUGCUCAUCUUGUGGGGCAGCCCCCUACCACUACAUAUGCACAUCCCACGAGGCAGCCCCCCCAGCCCCACAUAGGCACAUCCCAUAGGGCAGCCCCCCAGCCCCACAUAUGCACAUCCCAUAGGGCAGCCCCCCAGCCCCACAUAGGCACAUCCCAUAGGGCAGCCCCCCAGCCCUCUCCAUGCCUCAGGCUCCUGCCCCACACUCCUGGGCAGGGGGGACUCUGGACCUGCCCUCUCCUGCCCGGCCCCACGGCACUGCCCCGGCAUUCACACCUGUGCCUCGCCGCCCCGGCCCCUGCAGCGCCCGGUCCCCCGGGUGUUGGGGGCAGCCGCAGGGGCCGAGCCCCACGCUGGGGCCCCCGGCGCGGCGGCUCUUCCCCGCGCUCCUCGCGAGCUCGGUGCCUUCCAAUAAAAGCGCCUUCGGAGCCUC